AUGGAUAUACACGAAGCGUCCAUAGGUUUGAUAUUAUAUUUCCAGGCCAUACUGUUGGAAAAAAAUAUUCUCAGAGGUUUAUUUUCCCAAACGUUUCUUCGCAGGCAGAACGCAGACGACGAUAUAAUAUCGAAGAAGUCAUUGCAGUCGGUGAAGCAAAUCAUGAACUUCCUGAAAGAACAUGCCAGAGAGGAGGGUUUGUUCCGGCGCUCGGGUCGCCGUGAUCUCAGAAGACGGAUCCUAAACUCGUUGAAGAAAGGGGAAAGACCGGAUUUGGACAACAACAACGUGGCCCUGGAGUGCGCAGCCGCGUUGCAGCUAUUCCUCGGCCAUCUCAAGAAACCUGUGAUGCCCCAACACGUGCAACAACUUCUUCUAGCUGACAAUCCUGGGGUGACCGCCCACGUGAUUGCACGGGACGCCUGGGGUUUAAUACGACAGGACGUCGGCGGCCGUCACGGGGAGCUUCUGGCCGGGCUUCUUGAUUUACUGAGACACUUGACUCUUUCCGGCCCUCCAUCCGAGAGAUCGGAACUACGCGGUUCGCCACUUCCGAUAGCGCUACUUCCAGUCUUUUUCACUUUAACGCCAGCUGACCUGGUGAAAUGGAAGCAAGUUGCCGCCAGAUUCAGCGAAUUAAUUACCGAAGCCUCUGUGCAACUGCAGCUGAAUGAAAAUCGAUCGUGUGACAGAGAAUCCACGGAUGGUUCGAACGGAAACACCGCCGACAACGUAAGAAACCAAACCACCGUUAUGGUCUGA